AUGGAUGUGAACGCGUUUAUCGACGACAUUGUGCAAGUACCGCACCGCGCGCCGUUGCCCAAGUCAACCGAGGCCAAUGUCCAAGCCAGCGUUGCUGCAUUCAUGGCGUUUUGCAAACAAUCCAGUGCCGACGACCAAGCUGCCUUGGCGCCACCAUUGAAAGCGCUCACAACCCUUCCGUGUCGAUGGCUCCCGGCGUACGGGUGCGCCGUGUUUGUCAUUCCCGCCGGGUAUAAUGAGCUGUCGCACGUGGUGUUGCUGUACCCAGCGACGUGGCAAUCGAAUCUAUCGUGUCGGUCAUUUGGAAACACGAUGGUUGUGCUGCCGACCAGCACGACGGUGCUGGACCUUGGAACGAUGCCCACCGACUCGGUGGAUUUGUUCAAGCAGAAGCUGGACGAGCUGCUGACAAAAGAUGCCGCUCUACAUCGGACUUCGCGACAUGCACACGACGGCGACUGGCGGAAAACGCCUCUUCUUGUGCAAGCGUUGGCGCAUCAAGCGCUCGCCACGGACGGUGCCGCCGCGUCGACGAAGCACGCGAUGAUGGGGAUACAUAUCGGAACGUUGCCACGGACGACGGCGCAUCCUCUCGUCGAAGCCGCCCUCCUGUACUUUUUGGGUGAUUCCCGCACGUUUACGCGUCUCCGCAUUCACUUUUUGCUGUGGCUCGCGAACAACUUCGAUGUGACAACGGACAUCAACGCGAUCGACUGUAUCAUGAAUCUUGUGGAUGCCAUUGCCCUCGGGGCCAUCGAUAUGGAUGAUCAUGGAGCGUCCGUGGCCGAGAUCACAACCCAACUGCAAACUGUACGAGCCAACUUGGAUGCAACGUAUGUGCGGACAAAGGACACCCAAGCCAAGCAACUGGAAAUGACGCCGACCAAGCCGACCGACGUUGCCGUUCCUGGCAUGGCCACCGACGUGCUGGACCCGAAAGUUUCGCCAUCGAAGCCUAUGACAACCCAAGAGCGUCGGGCGCGCGCUUUGGCCUACUGCGGAUCCCUCCCGACCUAUUCAUGCCACGACAAGGUGACAUCGGCCAGUUUUGAACAGAUGCAGGCUUGGAUCAACAGCCAUCCACGGUUGAAGGCAGGGCACGAUCCAGAUGCGUGCUUGUUGGUCCUUUAUGAAGUGCACACGUUGAUGUGGUCGUGCGCGAAACUCUUGGCAUCUUCCAAGUGCCCGAUGGACUUGUCGCCCACUGAUGUGCUUGCGCUCGACGCGUUGGUGCAAACGUAUUCUGGGAUGGUGACGGCUUGGCUAGAGUCCAACGGGGGUGGGCACCACCAAAUGAUGUCAAUGCUUCGAAGCUACGAAGUGGUCGUGACGUGGGUCGGGUACUGUUUGGUUCAUCAGCAUUGCGCCCGAGCCUUCCCCCUGGUGUCGGAAUACGCCACGGCCCUGAGUUGGAAGGAUCUCGGCUGUCUGGUCUUGCCAGACAAACGGGCAGUCGACGCGGCGCGGGAGGUUGCGCGGUACAUUCGCCGCGUGAACACGGCAGCCCCGUUGCCUCUGUUUUCACUGGCUGCGAUCGAUGGGACCAUAGAAUUUGCCCGGCGAUUUGGAGAGAUAAACCCUGCCAUACAGCAGCGGUGGGUGGAUGAAUCCAACGCAGUGAAAGCGGAAAUGGACGAGUAUAUGGACAAGGUUCGAGCCAAGCAAGCCCAAGCCGCAGUCUUGCGAGCUGAAUUACCAUCGUUGGAAUCUGCCGUCCUUGCCGCACGUAUCACAAAGGACGAAGCGACGCAAGCACUAGCACAAGCUGUCAUCGAUUUUCCUGAAGUGCGCCAAUAUUAUUCGAGAAGAAAGUUCUAUAUACAGAAAUCGGACGAAGUGCUCGCGGCCGAAUGCAUCGCCACCGAUGCAUCACAGCGUUUGCAACGAGCCGAGCAAGCGUUGGAGGCAAAGAAAGCGGAGAUCGCUCGAGUCAUUGUGCCUCCCAGAUAUGUCGUGUGCCCGCUUCCCGAGACUGCCGACCGAGCGAGAAGUGUGCUCUUCUUUUUCCUGGCCCCGACGGAAUUGAACACGUUGGCGCGAUUGUCUGCCGCAUCGCAGUACACGCUCGUCCCACGAGCUCCAGGGCUCAUCGUCCAAGAUGUGAAAGUGGCCCAUCCGCCCACGUCAUGGGCACAGCACUACAAUGCAAAGAUGUUUCAACGUCGAGGGUGCCACAAAGCCAGCCUGGGGCAUUGGUUUAGCUUUCCCCUUGCGAUUCGCAUUCCGUCGACGUGGGGUCCCAACAAUGUGGAUGGCAUCACGCAUGCCCACCCAUCGUUUUGGUUUCCGACCCGGUUUGAGCUUGGCCUGCAUUGGUCGCAACAAUUGAAUCCGUUUUUGGUCCAUCGUUCGCACAUGCGUGCGUUUUUCACGGAGCAACUGAAAGAUCGAAAGCUCCAGUGGCUCAUGGAGUGUCCAGCGCCAGCCACUGCGGGGGACUCUGCGCGAGGUAACCUUUCCUACGCCAACCUGCACAUGAUGCCCCGAGAGAUGUCCAAGACGGAGUAUUUGACGCUCGGAUCGCUGCGCGCAUUCCCCAACCAACAAGUUCGAAAGAUUGUCCAGGCGCUGUACGCAUCGACGCUUCCCUGGAGCCACCCACUUGUGCUGAGUGUGACUUGCCAAGCAAUGUUUCACAUUGGCGAGCUCGCCGACACGGACGCGGUGGAUUUGGAAUGGAAGCGCGACUUGGAGCAGGGGUGGUUGGACAAAUGGUAUGCCGGGCUCGCUCUUCAAAUCAGUCUCAUCCGGGACACCAUUCGAGACUACAAAGCAUUUGUGGCCGCGGCGAAGAUGGCAUCGUACCUGUCUCAACUUUACCCCCAAGCACGGGAGCUUGCCCGCGAACUGGUGGCGGUGGCAACAGAAUGGGUGGCCAUCAUCCACGAAGAAAUGGAGACCGACCAGUUGCCCCCGUCGCACCGCCUCGAACUGCGUGCCAAGGAAUGCUUGAUGUACGGGUAUGGCAUCUUGGCGCAGUCGUCGGUGGUUGACUUGACUGCGCCCGACGCGCGCAACUUGGUCGACUUUGUUGUCAAGUUUCGAUACGGCGUUUUGUUUGGCACGGACAGCUCGAUGGCGACAGACUUGGCGUGGAUGGAAGUGCAGGUUGCCGAUGCCAUGGCGUCCCGAGUGCAAGGCAUUGUCGGCUCGGUGCUAUCGACGGCAGAGUGCGACGAUUCCCUCAGCCACGCGCUUCGUGGCGUGUUUACCCACCUGCCGCCAGCCCCGCUGCACUGGACGCGCGUGCCCGAGUCCAUGUGCUAUGAAACAACGGCGACUGUGAACGGCAAGGUUGAGCACUACAUGAUCAACGUCUUGACGGGAUGUGUCCUGCUGAAUGGGAAUCCUCCAUCUCGCCUUCCCCGAGCGGUGUUGGACCAUGCCACGUACAAGCGGUACGUUGACCAGCACGAUUUUGACGUGGUCGCCACGAGUGACGGUGUGUUUCGGACGACGCAAUCGUUUGACGGCGCCAACAUGGAGCUCAGUCUGCACAACAAUUCGAAGUACCUUUGCAUUCAAGCGGUUUACUGCGACCGACGCUUGGAAUUGGUGGAAUUCACCCCGGAGUCGUGGUUGAGUGGGCUCCCCACAAGGUUGCGGACGAUGCAUUCGCACUGGGUGGAUCGCCAGAACGAGCUCUUGCUCUUCCGCCCGCCAGCGUUCAAAUCUCGCGCGAAUCAAGUCGUUGCCAUGCUUGGCGCCCCCCAUCGAUGCUAUGAAGUGCCGUCUUGCUACCACGACGUCGACAUCGCGGACAUGCUGGCCAUGCGGCACUCGUUCCGACGCUUCGUCGACGCCUCCACGAUCCCAUCCAUUGCUUCGGUGCUGUCCAAGUUCGAAAGUGCGGAAUAUGUGCAUGCCAUGCUGACGCCCGACGACAAACUCAACGUUUAUCUGCCCCGCUUUGGCUUGACAUUUAAAGGAUACACGUCCAGCCCGCGGAGUUUGGACUUUCGAGAAUUUUGCUUGGCCACCGUACAGCACUGUUACGAAUUGCCGCCAUUUUUUCAGCGAUACCUCGUGCUGGAGCGAAUCCACGAUGCCCCUGGCCAACCAACGACACUUCUUCUUGUCCCGAACGGGCUCGUGGUUGCUCGGAAUAGGUCAGUCACCGUCGACGUGUCGAGCGCUUGCAACGCCUCGUUGACGUACUACACGUACGAAGUGGCCCCCCAUUCAAACCAGUUGGCAGCGACCUCAAUUGCCGCCCGUCUGCAGCUUGCGGCAAUCUUCGCGGCGUCCAGUUGCUCGCUGCCUGACCCCCACGUAGGGAUGACUGGAUCGGAGAUGGCGUUGCUUUUGCUUCGACAAUGCUGGACAUCUCGUCCCUAUUCCGAGCUAGAAGCCGAGAAACUGGCGAAUGUGGCUGCCUUCGCACAGAAAGAGCCCGCGCUGGCGAUUUUGUGUGAUCGAUACGCCAAGCAGUCGUUGGAUCGAGCGUUUCUCGUGCACUACGACGUCUCGGGCGACCAGCGAACCGAGUCGCCGAAUGCGUUUGUCUGUGCGUCUAUGAGCGAACUUCGCGCGUUGAGUUCGUCACGCAUGCCGUGGAAUGAGCACCGACGGAAGCUACACCCCCACGAGAUGAUGGAAACGUUUGGGCCGACCCUUCUUCCUCGGCUUCAUGACCCUCCGCCUGGCUUGCACUCUAUCGACGUCCUGCCUGCAUGCCCCGUGCCGGUGGAGUCGGUGGCCCUUGUCGAGAAGGUCUUGUUGUCGCUGGUGUCGUUUACGAAAAGCCGUGUCGGCCAUUCCUUUCCGUUCCAGGAUUGGAAGGGCAAUACGAUUGAACAACGCAUUGUCGCCGACUUGAAAUCGAGUUGGAAGCAUUUUAAAGCAUUGGAACAGCCCUCGAUCACGAAUAUCCAAGGCCUGGACAACGCGUUGCGACAGAUUCAACUCAACGUUGAGCGGAACGUGACUGCGCUGGAGCGCUACCUCAAGGACACUGUCAUGCAAUGUGUGCCGGCACGCUAUGCGAAUCGAAUGCGGCUUCGUUUGGCGUGCAAUCGGCUCCCGAACGUGACGCCGCACGACAUCCUGAUAUGGGCCACGUCGCCCAACGACGUUCUCCACUUCAACCCGUACUUUUCGCCCAGUGCCAUCAACGCCUUCCAACAAGCCACGCACUUGUACUUGGCCACAUGCGUGUUGCAUGCGCGGUUGCGCCGCCUGUUGCAUCUGGUUCAGACCAACGGAUCGGACGCCCUCGUUGUUCGGGAACUCCAAGUCACUCGCACGUGGAGCAUUGCGGACCAUCCUCGGUGGCUCGUGUUUGAGGUCGAAGGGAUGUUGCAAAUCCGGCCGGAGCAGGCUACAAUCGCUCUGCACCUGCUCCGCGAGGGAUCUGGCACGAUUUGCCAACUCAACAUGGGCCUGGGCAAGACGCGCGUGAUCUUGCCGAUGCUCAUCUUGCACUACACGGCUCUCGGUCAAGUCCCCCGUGUGCAUAUCCUUGGCCCCAUCUUGCGCGAGACGAUUGCUUUUUUCCACCAGCACUUGUGCGCGUCGACGCUGGGCAUUCGCAUUGUGGACCAGCCCUUUCAUCGACAAGUGAGCCUGACGUCGUUUGGCUUGACGAUCUUGGGCCAACGGAUCGAGAACGCUUGCUACAUCGUCGCCCCCGAACACCGGUUGUCGCUGGAGAUGAAGUACCACGAGUAUACGUAUGUACAGGACGCCAAAGCGACCGAGCUUGCGGCGCUGCUGGCCAAGAAGUACGUGGACAUUUUCGACGAGUGUGACGCGCUGCUCCACCACCGCUACCAACUGGUAUAUGCCAUGGGCACUCCCACCAAGCUCGACCAAUGCGAAACUCGCGCGAUUGUUGCGCAGGACUUGCUGGACGUGUUGAAUACCUGUCGCGGCCCGCUGAAAGAAUGGAUGGAGGAGCAUUGUCUCGAAACCACCACGACAAAGUCGAAGUGUCAUUAUCGAGGGAUUCGGCUGAAGGCCGACGUACCUGAAGCGAGCCUCGUGACGCUUCGUCGACUUGUGUUGAGUGCCUGGCUCGUCCACCCGUCUGCCCACGCAUGGUUUGGCCACUGGAUGCAGAAAGGCCCAACGCACAAGGACACCCUCAUGCGAUGCAUUCUUGACAAGAGUGUGGACGUAGAAGAAUUCCACGUCGUCAAGGACACUCCCCAGUACGCGUGGUUGUUGGCCCUGCGAGGGUUCCUUGGGUUUGGAAUCUUGGAGCACUGUCUGCAACAGCGCCCUCGAGUGCAAUUUGGCGUCGACCCGAAGCGGCACCCAAAACGUUUGGCCAUCCCGUUUCGAGCGGCCGAUGUGCCGUCCGCCCGCGCAGAAUUUGGCCAACCCGACGUCGCCAUCUUGUUGACCACGAUAGCGUAUUACUACCAAGGUCUCAGUGCGGCUCAGGUCAUGGAAGCCGUGAAUGUCCUCUUGUCGAUGGGGCUGUCUGCCCGAACGAACGAGUUUGAAUCUUGGAUGGGUCCGAUUCGCGAUGAACUGGAGCCAAAGGAAGCGCACAUGCUGCAAAAGUGCUCGAAGCUAGACCCAACGAACGGCCCACAAAUGACGCUCUUGGUGGACAAGCUGGCGUCUUCGACCCACUUGAUCAACUUUUGGCUGCGCCGUUGUGUGUUUCCCAAAGAUAUGGCGCAAUAUCCCGCUCGCAUUGCCACGUCAGCAUGGAAUUUGGCCCACACUGCGCGUGCCAAGGGGUUUUCUGGCACGAACGAGUCGAACCCGAUCUUGCCCGUCCAGAUCGUCCCGAAAGAGCCCCCGCUUCCUGAACUGCUGGCGACGAAUGGACUCAUGCUGGACUCGCUCAUGACGCACACAGUGGCUGUCGACGCGCUGGCCAAGGGAGAUGCGUGGAAAGUGGUGGUGGACUUUGUAUUGGCUGGUGGCUACGAUGCUUUGAUUGACACGGGGUCGCUCUUGGCAGCCACUUCAAAUGCCGCGAUCAGCAACUACAUGCUCCACCACGACGACUUCGACCACAAGUUUCGCGCAAUUGUGUACUUCGACCCGUCCAAAGACUGUUGGAUGUCACAAAGCGCCAGCACGCGAACGGCAGUGCUGCUUGCCGAGUCUCCGAUCAAAGAAAGAGACUCGUUUGUCCUGUUUGACGACGCACGAUCCCGUGGGACGGACAUGAAAUUGCAUCCAGAGGCCAUCGCCGUGUUGACUUUGGGGCCGAACCUGACCAAAGACAAGUUAAUGCAGGGCGCUGGCCGCCUUCGUCUGCUCGGGAAACACCAACGCGUGGUUCUGGCCGUGCCACCCGAAGUCCAGCAAGCCCUGCCAUCGUUGACCAUUGCCGCCAUCUUGAAAUGGGUGGUCAAGAACACUGCUACCAGCAUUCAAUCUGGACUAGCCGUGUGGGCUGACCAAGGCCUGUUUUUUUGCAAGAGCCAGCAAGCAGGGUUUGACAGCGUCGUCAAAGAACACUGGGCGCUGUCGGAUUUGUACGAGCCCCCAUUGAGCCGUCACUUUCUAUCGUCGAUCGUCCGGAGUCGAGUGGAUGCUGAUCAUGGCGAAUGUACCGUGGCCGCGCGGAUCAACGCGCAUGUGGCAUCGAAUGCGGCUGAAGUGCACGUCGAAGUCAUGGCGUGCAGCGACGAAUGCGAACGAGAGAUGCAGAUCGAACAAGAGGAGCAGCAAGAGAAAGAGAUGGAGCAAGUCGCGCUCCAGGCGCGAGUAGAGAAGUCGUGGCGCUACGAAUCUGUCUUAUCGGCCCUGAGCGUGCAUGACAUUUCAACGACGGUCAUUCCAUUGGCCCAGGCCGCGACGACACUGGGGGGCUCGACCUCUGCCUUGGGUGCAGUCGCGUGGCCCGAUACCUUGUAUGCCACAGCCUCGUUUUUAAACACUAUUUCGACCGCCACGUCGAUCGAGUAUGCGCGCAUGGCAGAUAUGGUGGUUGUAUUUCGAAAUGGCGACGUGCUCGUUGUGUCGGACAUGGAAGCGGAUGGGAUUUUGGAGAUUAUGUGGAACAAGUGUGGUUAUCUGAAGCAACCCGUGAAGGUGGAAAAUGUCGCCAUGCUCCCAUGUGCCACCCGAGACUCGCGUGUGCUGUCGACGAUCCUGCUCUCCCAUCAAAAUUCGUGGAUUGGGACCCACAAAUCCUCUCCAUCAACACCAACGGAUUCCACGCACCUUUCGCUGUCGAAGCACAACCAAGUCGCCCUGGCGCUGUACAAUGGCGAGACAAGAUUUGCCCGACCUAUGGAAGAGGCGCUGCGCAAGUUGCUCGCGUGCCCACCAGCACGAUUGGCAAUUCGAGACGUCAUCGUGGCCCGUGGCGAACUGCGCAACUGGGCGGAAUCGGACUUGGAAAAGCUGGUGAAUACCUUGAGUUUGACUGCAGAAUGA